AUGGCUUUAAUGUACUUCAAUAACAUUGAUUUCUACCGUAACCUGCUGUCUUCCGCAUACAAAGAUGAUGAGAAGGAAGACGCUGCGCUCGCUGUCCAGAUCGAAAAUGAAACCUUGGACACGAUGAUAUGCGCACGCAUCAGGCCAUUAUCUGAAGAGGAAAAGGAAGAACAUCAUAUUCCAGGUAUCCUGUCCAAUAGCUCCUCAAAGGCUGUAUUGUAUGAACCGAGGCAAAAGUUCAAUGGCAAACCUGAUUCUGUGAAACAUGGAUUUUCCCUUCAUCGGGUUUUUGACACCGAUAUGCAGACGGAAAGUGUGUAUCAGGAAGCUGCCCAGAAAUUGGUCCCAUGGGCCUGGACCGGAGGAGUCAGCACGCUAUUUGCAUAUGGCCAAACUGGAUCUGGCAAGACAUUUACUGUCACUGGCAUCACCAAUCUGCUUAUCAAGGACAUCAUGGCAAUCGCAGAAGCCGAACAUCGAGCGAUAUAUGUUUGCUGCUUCGAGAUUUUUGGGAAAAAGGCUUAUGACCUGCUGGACGACCGCCGCAUGUUCAACAUUAUGGAAGAUUCGUUCGGGAAAAUGCAGCUUAUAGGUGUGCAAGAAAAGCAUCCUGCUUCUGAGGAAGAGUUCCUCUCCAUCAUCCAAACAAGUGCUUCACUUCGAACUUCGGCUCAAACUACAAAAAACGACCAGUCAUCUCGAUCGCAUGCCGUCUACCGCAUCCGCAUUGUCAACAAAAAGAAUUCAGAGGCCCAGGAUGGGGAGCUCUUCCUGGUUGAUUUGGCGGGUAGUGAAGGUAGUCAAGACUCGAGUAAGCACUCGGCUGAAAGGCUUGUUGAAACCAAAGAUAUCAACACAUCUCUGUCCAUCCUCAAAGACUGCAUUCGGAACCGCACAAUUUGGGGCCUACAGCAGCUUGACAGUAGUGAAACUGCGAAGAAAAGCAUACACAUCCCAUGGCGCAGCAGUAAGCUAACGCAAGUGCUAAAACACGUGUUUGGGACGCAAGAAGACCGGGUUUGCAAAACCGUCGUGAUCGCUUGUGUGGCGCCCAGCAUUGUUGAUUCGGGGCACUCGAAAAACACCCUACGGUAUGCAGAGAUGUUGAAAGUGCCGGUGCCAAAAAUGAAAAGACCAAAAGACGCUCUGGUUCCAUCAAACUGGACAAAUGAAAAGAUGAAACUGUGGAUUAGGGAAAACUCUGGUACCCCUGCCAUUGAUGCGGAUAUCCUCGCAGGAAAAUUGAGCGGCAUGCAACUCUGCAAAAUGCCGCAGAAGGACUUCAUAUCUCGCUGCCUCCAGACAACAGGCGUCGAGAAGGACCAAGCUACCGCGUUCUACCAGAAGCUGUGGCGGGUACGGAUCGAUUCUCGACAACAAUCCACGACCUUCACCGCAGGAGACAAGUCGGAGACAAUGCAAAGGCCAUCGAGACCAAAGACCGCAAGGCCUUUAAACACAACGCCUUUCCAGCAACGCAUUAAACCCGGUAUGUGCAUAUCCAUGGGGAAGCGUAGUUACGGCGCCUUGUUCGUCGUGGUCAUGUCGCCCUUUGGACCUGAAGAUUUCGAUGGAGUAGGGGAUGAGAGACGAUUCAUUUGUGCCGUUUUCGGGCCAAGCAUGAUGACGGAUGCCUAUGAGCUGCACAUUGAGAGGCAGGAGACGUUCAUCGUUAAAGACAUGGAAGGCGAGGCGUUCAUGGAGUACGAUUCAGCGACUCGAUACUAUUACCUGGAUCUGUGA